GCCAGUGCCAGUCAGCGACCAACAACGUCAACCUCGUUGUUCAUAUUUGCCCUCGCAAGUCUUUCUCUCUACAACUUACACACUCCACACAUUGACACCACCUCCACUACACAUCACCGCCCCCGGCGCUUUCCUUGCGACAUAUCCAAACAGACAGAAAAACCCGUGCUACCACUGAAGGAAUCUCAAAAUGCCUAAGAACAAGGGAAAGGGAGGCAAAAACCGACGUCGUGGAAAGAACGAAAACGACAAUGAAAAGCGAGAACUGACCUUCAAGGAGGAAGGACAAGAAUACGCCCAAGUCCUCAAGAUGUUAGGCAACGGCCGACUCGAAGCGCUCUGCUUCGAUGGAGAAAAGCGUCUGGCACACAUCCGGGGCAAGCUGCGGAAGAAGGUGUGGAUCAACCAAGGCGACAUUAUUUUGUUGUCGUUGCGUGAUUACCAGGACGAAAAAGGCGACGUGAUCCUCAAAUAUUCCGCCGACGAGGCCCGUUCUCUGAAAGCCUACGGCGAACUUCCCGAGAGUGCCAAAAUCAACGAAACCGACACCUAUGGCCACGAAGGUCUGGAGGACAAUGUCGAAUUCGACGAGGAUCGUGACACCGACUCAGACAAGGAGGUUGACAUUGACGAUAUCUGAGCUGAGCACACACGCAUACGCACCGUGGCUGUUUUGUUUGGAUCCGGUUAUCCGACUUGUCGAGGUUUUUUGGUCACCACGGUUCAGAUUUUCAAAUCGUCAGGCAGGCUGCAUUGCCCAGCACAGCAUUCAUAAAUACAAAUGGUUAUGUUAUGGGACGAUGGAGUUCGGCAAACAAAAAUGGAUUUGCUUGUUUUUCCUACUGAGAUUUUCUGUUUCUGUUUUUCGCCAAUUUUAUCUUGCGGAUUGAUUUAUCUGCCAUUUCAGUUGUCCGCCUGCCUUUUAAAACAUCCGGGAUCAUCGCGUCUAUGUGUCCAGUCGUCUUCGCCCUGCAAAGUGUUAAGACAGGCAUCGUACUUCUGUUUCGUCCCAUGUAGACUGCCUGCUUAAAAUGGUCUGCUCAAGUCCUGAUGCCAGUGG